AUUUAUCAGAUGCUCAAAUUUUAUCGAUAUUUUUCUAUCAGAUUUCAUAUACGAAAAAUUUUGAAUUAAUUUUUUUUCAUAUAUCUAAAUAAUUAUCCCGUUACAAUGACAUUAUAUCAUUUUGUAAAUUGUGUACUAUUAACUUUUGGUCCACCGGUUAUUUUAUAUCGAUUUUCAGUCAUAUCCGAAUAUGGAACUUUGAUGCGUGUUGUAACCGGUGCAUUAGCCUACAUUUUAACACAGAUUAGUAAGAUGCUUAUAAUAGCCGGUCUUGUUAAUCUAACAGAAUUUUGGGAACAUUUAAUCGAUUGUAUUGGCCUUUACUAUUCAAUGGUAUAUUAUCAAAAAGCUUCGGUUGCAUCGGUCAAAAUUCUUAGUACAGCACUUGGUUGGACUGUAACAGAAUCAAUAUUUACUCGUUUGGUCAAUUUUUACUUAAAUGCACGAUCAUUACAAUUUGAUUGGCAUCAUUUAAUAGAUGCUUGUGGUGCAAAUAUUGAUCUUGUGCAAAAUAUCUGUCUAUGUUCAUUAUUAUGGUAUUGGAAUCGAAAAUCAAAUAAACUUUAUAUGGCCAUGAUUGUCGGAUAUAUUUUAGCAAUUUCAUUCAUAGAAUUUAACAUUAUUUAUCGUACUGGUAUGGUAAUGGCAUUCAGUCUUGCUUCAAUGGCCAUACUAAAUUUGAAUGAAAAAUGAUUAAUUUUGAUUAAAUAAUUGGAAAAAAUAAAGCAUUUGUCUAGCUUUUCUAAACA